AUGAAUGUGAUACACCGACGAGCGUUUCACGCUCUGCGGUCUCUCCAGCACGAGAAUCCUCUAGGGCUUCCUCGCACGGGAACCAUACCGCGGAUGCAGCGUGGGCUCCCGCAGAAGCGGAGGAUAAAAGAUGUAACCAAAGUCAUUGCCGUAUCUUCCGCAAAGGGUGGUGUUGGCAAGAGCACUGUAGCUGCGAACCUUGCUCUUGCGUUUGCUAGACUUGGCCACCGUGCUGGAAUCCUGGACACCGACAUCUUUGGCCCAUCGAUACCCACCUUGUUCAACCUGUCUGAAGAGCCACGGUUGUCGCAGAACAACCAGCUGCUGCCCCUAUCCAACUAUGGAGUCAAGACCAUGUCCAUGGGCUACCUUGUCGGCGAAGAAUCCGCCGUAGUCUGGCGCGGACCCAUGGUCAUGAAGGCCCUGCAGCAGCUCCUGCACGAAGUCGACUGGGGCGGUCUGGACGUGCUGGUUCUGGACCUGCCACCAGGGACCGGAGACACCCAGCUGAGCAUCACGCAGCAAAUCUAUGUUGAUGGCUCCAUAAUCAUAACCACACCUCACACCCUAGCUGUGCAAGACGCCGUCAAGGGCAUCGACAUGUUCAACAAGGUGUCUGUGCCGAUCCUCGGGCUGGUGCAAAAUAUGUCUGCCUUUGUCUGCCAGCACUGCCACGGCGAGACGCCCAUCUUUGGGCCCGGGUCCGGGAUCGUAAAGGAGGUGUGCGACAAGCGCGGCAUCGAGCUCCUCGCAGAUCUUCCCCUGCACCCGAGCAUCUCGGGUGAUGCCGCGAGCGGUCGCCCCACCGUCGUGGCCGAGCCCGAGAGCUCGAGGGCGGCUCUCUUUAUGAAGAUUGCCCAGGCGGCUGGGGUCAAGGUUGGGCUUUGA